UUAUGGGUUUAGUUCCGUCGCGCUCUUCAAGAGACGCACGCGCAAAAAAACGAGGUGUUCAGUGAUUUCCGGUAAAAAAUUUAAACUGUUCGUGAAAACAAAAUACAAAAGUGAAUCUUUGUCAAAAAACUAAAAUUUUAACAAACCCUUCACAAGCUGACAUUAAAUAAUUGGAACAUUUGGAUCUGACUUAUCAGUUAGUUAAAAACGUUUUAACGAUAUACAUUAAAAUACGGAAAAAGACCAAUGUCAAAAAAUUAAUUAUAAAGUAAAAAGUGUUAUCAAACGGAAGUAAAAUGACGUUAAAAGUAGAAAAGGAGUUUAAGCCGAGUGAAACGAAACGUAUAGUGAAGAAUGUGGUCAUCAUCAGUUUGGCGUUUAUGGUGCAGUUCACGGCGUAUAGUGGUGCUGCAAAUCUCCAAAGCUCCAUAAACGCCGACGAGGGUCUUGGAAUGAGUUCGCUGGCGGCUGUCUACGCGGGACUCAUUUUAUCCAAUAUAUUCCUACCAACGGCAGUAAUAAAGUGGAUAGGCACAAAAUGGGCGAUAUCUCUCUCGUUUGUGACCUAUAUGCCGUUUAUAGCUGCACAAUUAUGGCCGUCAUUCUACACUAUGAUACCAGCAGGGCUAUGUGUCGGUCUUGGAGGCGGACCCCUUUGGUGUGCGAAGUGUACCUAUUUAUCUGUGGUAUCUGAGGUUCACAGCAAGUUAUCAAAUAUAACAGCGGAAGCAUUGUUGACGCGAUUCCUUGGUCUAUUCUUCAUGAUAUUCCAGUUUAAUCAAGUUUGGGGAAAUCUUAUCUCGUCGCUUGUGUUGUCCUCGGGCGAUAAUCACGCUGCUGUGACCGCUAUCAACGCGACCAUGAUCCCAAAAAUCUGUGGAGCGAACUUCUUGCCCAGCGCUGAUGCUGCAGAGGCCUUACAGCGGCAGCCUUAUGAGAAAAUCCAGCUCUUAUCUGGCAUAUAUCUAGCGUGCAUGGCGGCUGCGGCCCUAAUUGUUGCAAUUGGGGUAGACUCUAUGAAGAGAUACGACACUGGCCGUGCAGUUAAAGUAAUGGGAGGAGUUGAAAUGCUCAUGGCGACCCUCAAGCUAUUAGUGGAGCCCAAGCAGAUUAUGCUGAUAACCAUCAUGGUCUUCACCGGAUUACAGCAGGCUUUCUUUGGAGCUGAUUUUACGGCGUCAUUCGUGUCAUGCGCAGUCGGAACUGGAACAGUUGGCUAUGUGAUGCUGACCUUUGGUGUUUCUGAUGCUAUAGGAUGCUUUGUUACUGGAUAUAUCGCAAAGAUAACAGGGCGGAUACCUUUAGUGUGCGCAGCUACUGUAAUUCAUAUGGCUCUUGUGGCCACAAUACUGCUAUGGAAGCCUCAAGCGAAUAUGAGCUAUGUGAUGUACAUCAUCGCUGUGCUGUGGGGACUCUGUGAUUCCGUCUGGCUGGUCCAGAUUAAUGCUUUCUUUGGAAUCCUUUUCCCCGGAAGAGAAGAAGCUGCCUUUUCCAACUUCCGCCUCUGGGAAUCUGUCGGCUAUAUCAUAGCCUACGUGAUUUCGCCCCAUCUCCGUACAAGUUCCAAAGCGUAUCUCAUUGGAACAACAAUGCUUGUCGGCGUUUCUCUAUACUUCAUAGUGGAAUUCCAAGUGAAGAGGGAAAGAGAAGAGAAGGAAACCAAAGAGCCUGUGAAUGGUUUAGAUAAUAAGGCGUUCACUAUUGCAGAAUAAGACAGGUCUGCCAUGAUGUUUUUUUUUAUUCCAGGUCAAAUAUUAGUAUUAUUUUAUUCAUGUCACAUUUUGUUUCAGUUAAGUUAACAGAAUAUCUUUUAUUUAGUAAAUUCGCUUGUUUUGUUUUAUAUUAAUUCCAUUGUUUGUUUUUGCAAUCUUUAUUCUUUGUGCAAUCUAUACUCUGUGGCUGAUCAUUCUACAGUAUAUAAACCGUUUUAUAGUCUGUGACUGUAACCAUCCAGAGUAAUAAAAAAAUAAACAAUGCACUUCAUUAAUUUUAUCAAUUGCUCCAUACUUUUGAUUUUUGAUCAACAAGCACCAACUGAAUCUUCUAAAUUUGACGUGAUAUAUAUAUAAUAUGACUUCUGUUUUAUAUUACUUUUAUAAGAAAUAAUAAUAGUUUUUUAAUAAACUUCGAAAUACUUAAUGACGCAGACCUGUGUAAUUUAUUAUAAAAUAUAUAAGAUAGAACGUAAUGGCGGCCGUGGUAUUUUGUUUUCGUAAUAAAUAAGUAGAAGGCCAGAGUUCUGUGCCCGAGUAAAUUUUUAGCUCUAAGGCAUGUCGGUUACUGGAUGUUUGGCUUACGUACAUGCAAGUGUUAAAUG